AUGAGUACCAUUUCCAAAAAUUCCUUGAAGAGCUCCCUGCUGCAGCUAGAAUGUCAUUUUACAUGGACUUUGCUGAAGCAGGAUGUGGAUCUCGAUGACCUAGAGGAAACAAUAGGCGAUCAGAUCGAGUUUCUCAUAAAAUCUAACAUCACAAAUUAUAAUCUACUAUCCUAUGUAUGCCACCUAAAGAAUUCAAAUGAGGAAGCCCUGAGAAAUCUCAAAAAAGCUGAAGAAGAAAUUCAAAAAAAUCAUCCAAAUGAAAUUGCCAGAAGAAGUCUUGUUACCUGGGGGAACUAUGCCUGGAUCUAUUACCACAUGGAGAGAUAUGAAGAAGCUCAAAAUUAUGUAAGCAAAGUGGAAAACAGCUGCAAAAAGCUUUCAAGUACUGCUCAAAGGAAGAUUCAGCUUCCAGAGAUCUAUGCUGAGCAAGGAUGGGCAUUAUUAAAGUUUGGGAGAAAAUACUACGAGAGAGCAGAAAAUUGCUUUGAAAAUGCUCUGAAGAAUGAACCCAAUAACCCAGAAUUUAAUGCCGGCUAUGCAAUAGCAAUGUAUCGUUUGGAAGCUUUUUCUCACAGAAAAUGUGAAGAUACAAGGUCAUCCCUCCAGCCCCUGAAGCGUGCAGUGGAACUGAAUCCAAAGGAUACUUUCAUUAUGGCAUUACUUGCGUUAAAACUUCAGGAUGAAAAGCAGGUUGAUGAAGGGGAGAGGUACAUUGAAGAAGCAAUGCAAAAAACCCCUGAUCUUCCUUAUUUCCUGCGAUAUGCUGCUAAAUUUUAUAGAAGAAAAGAAGUGGACAAGGCACUGGAGAUUUUGAAAAAGGCCCUAGCAGUGACACCAAAAUCUGUCUUUUUGCAUCACCAACUAGGACUCUGCUACAGAGCAAAGCUGUUUCAACUGAAAAAGACUAAAAGAUAUCAACCUCAAGAGCAAGUGGCAGAACUCAUCCGACUUUCCAUUUUUCAUUUUAAAAUAGUGACUGACCAAAAGACAAAAUUUUUUUCUGCCCAUACUGACCUAGCAAACAUGUAUGCACAAGAAAAGAGGUAUGAAGAAGCAGAAGAGACAUUUCAGAAAGCGUUUCAGAUAAAUAUUCUAUGCUAUGAUGAUAAACAAGAACUCUACUACCAUUAUGCCAAUUUUCAGCGUUUUCAUAUGAAAUCAGAAUCUGAAGCCAUUAGGUAUUACACAAAAGGGCUGAAAAUUGGAAAAGAGUCUCAUGGAAGAAAUAUGUGUAGAAAAGCUCUGAAGAAAUUGUUGGAACAGAGAAUUCAGGGAGGUUUAGGAGAUGCAACAGAUUUUGGUACACUCGGACUCAUUCAUAAUCUAAACGGUGAGAAACAUGAAGCAAUUGAGUGCUAUGAGAAAGCCAUUGCAUUGUGUCCUGACAAUGAAGAAUAUCUGAGCGCAUUAUGUGAGCUACGACUUUCCAUCUCAAGCUAA